AUGGACGAUAAGGUUAUAGUACCGGGCACUAUUGAAUACCAGGGUGCAGCAUUUCAAGACAUCGUUAAUAUAAAAAUUCUCGAUUCACCAGAUAUCGUGAAUUGUCGUGAUGAUGACGUGUUUGUUGUGAGCUAUCCGAAAGCAGGAACUACCUGGGCAAUUGAGAUUGUUUCACUUAUAAUGAAUGGUGGCGAUGUUGAUGCAAAUCAUGCUGUACCACAACCAGAACGUAAUCCCAUGCUGGAGUCAUAUAUCUCUAGACCAAUGCUGACGCUGAUGUAUAUUAUGAAAAAGAUACAAUGGCUUUUGCCAAGUUUCCUACACCUUGAAAACUAUAUAUUUGUACCUCCAAUUAAAGGAUUAUUUGCCUUCGAUGGAAUGCGACAAAUGGAGAAAUUACCUUCACCACGACUCAUCAAGUCACAUCUUCCAUACAAAUUUUUUUCCUUCACAAGCACUUGAAAAGAAAUGCAAGAUUAUCUAUAUUGCUCGUAACCCCAAAGACACAGCAGUAUCGCUAUACUAUAUGAUGAAACUUAUGCCUGUGUUUGGAAAUUACAUUAAGUCUUGGAACCAUUCUUAUCAGUUAUUUUUC